CAGUUCCAUUCCCAGAUGAUUCAAGACACUAACGAGUUGGUAAAAAAUUUCUUUUGAUUUAUUUGGAGUUAGAAAUUACCAAGGGGUAAAACGUGCUAAUUUUUAAAUAUAAAUUUAAACUUAAAUUUAAAAAUAUAAAGAUAUUAAAUUUAUGAAUUUAAUAUAAAAAUAUAUUAUUUUAUAAUUAAAAUAAUAAAUAAACAAAUAAAUAAUUAACUAAAAAUAGUUAUGGAGACUCCAGCAAGUACAUCAACUACUAAAUUUUAUUCUCGUGCCGAAGUUGCUACACAUAAUGACAGUAAAAGUACAUGGUUUAUUAUUCACAACAGUAUUUAUGAUGUUUCUAAAUUCUUAAACGAGCACCCAGGAGGGGAAGAGGUCUUGCUUGAACAGGCAGGUAAAGAUGCUACAGAACCUUUUGAAGACGUUGGUCAUUCAAACGAUGCUAGAGAAAUGAUGGAACCCUACAAAGUCGGAGAACUUAAUGAGGAGGAAAGAGAUACAUCGUACGAUAAGAAAAAAAAUAGUAACUGGGCAAGUAAUGGUGGUAGUGAUGAACCUAGUGGUUCCUGGAGUUCAUGGCUCAUUCCUGUCGCUCUGGGAAUUCUUGCAACCGUCAUCUACCGCUACUUCAUCGCUACUCGUUAAUAUAUUUAAUAAAUAUAAUAAAACAUUCCCAAAAAUAUAUAACAAGAGAUUAUGAGAUAGCGAAAACAUCACGAGUAGGAAGGAAGGAAGGAAGGAAGGAAAAUAUGAGGGAUCACAAAGGAGAAGAAAAGAAAGUGUUUUGUUUUCUUUACGUCCAUUGUUAUUGCUUUUCAUAUAAACAAUUGUUAAAAAAAAAAAAAAACUUUUAGUUAUUUUUA